UUGGACAAGGUCUCUUGCUAACUGCCGUUGCUUUGAGGAGUUAUUUGGUUCCACAGUUUUCUCUUGGUCUGGGUUCUUCGAGCCGUGACAAGAUGUGGAGAACAGGCGUUGUUCUCGGUCUGAUGGUGAUUCUGGGGGUGGUGCUGGAGACAGAGUCCUUCUUCCUCUACAACAAGAUGAAGAGAAGGAUGAAGAGGGAGCUUCCACACGAAGACAAACAUGAUAAUGAUACAGAACACCAUACGGAACGAGAGAUCAUCUCCAUUCCUAAAGGACAUGACGACCACGAACAUCAAAGUAAUACAAGUAGCGAAAGUCACCACAGUCAUCACAGCAGCCACGAAAGUCAUGGAAGUAGCGGUCACCAUAGCAGCAGCGAAAGUCAUGGAAGUAGCGGAAGUCACGAAAGUCAUGGUCACCAUAGCAGCAGCGAAGGUGAAGUGUAUCCUGGUCGACAUAGAGGACACCAUGAUAGUAGCAGAAUUGAAGAGCAUCAUGGUCGACAUGGCAGACACCAUGAUAGUAGCGGAAGUGGAGAGCAUCAUGGUCGACAUGGCAGACACCAUGAUAGUAGUGGAAGUGAAGAGCAUCAUGGUCGACAUGGCAGACACCAUGAAAGUAGUGAAAGUGAAGAGCAUCAUGGUCGAUAUGGCAGACACCACGGAAGUCAUCAUAGUAGCGAAAGUGAAGAGCAUCGUGGUCGACAUGGCAGACAUCAUGAAAGUGAAGAAAGUGAAGACAGACAGCAUCAUGGUCGACAUGGUCGACAUGGCACACCAUGAUAGAAGCGGAAGUGAAGAACAUCAUGGUCGAUAUGGCAGACACCAUGAUAGUAGCGGAAGUGAAGAGCAUUAUCAUAUGACAGACACCACAUAG